UGUGAGCUGGGCUCUGUACUGCGAAGGACCUCCCACCAACUGUGUGAACCAAACAAAGAGAACUUUGAAAGAUGUAGCAUGACCACAGGAAUGCUCUGUAGGCGUGGUUUGGCUUCCCCAGACAGAUCCUCUGCCUCCACAUGCUGCUCAGCUGAAUGCAGUCUGUGCAAAUACCAAUACUGAAGCACAAGGUUUCCACGCCUGCAGAAGGAGAACGACUGAACCAUUCAUCAGAGCACAAAGCAGCACCAGAACCCACAGCAUACCAGAGGAGAAGGAUCCCAACAAGUUCUGACCCCCAGCUCCCAGAAGAGGAUGUGCACAUAUCGGUGCUGGAGUCCAAUACUUCCACACCCGCUAUGGGAGAAGGAGACCAACAGGAAACAUUUUCAGAGCACAAAGCAGCACCAGAGCCCCUUGGGCAGAGUGGAGGACUCCAGUGGGGUUCCUGGUGCCAUGGGAUGGGAAGAAGGAGAUCCUGUGUGCAGCUCAUUGCCGUGCAUGCAGCGCUGGGAGCACUCAUCCUCAUGCUGGUGGUGCUGGUGAUAUUGACCGUGUGUCGGCGGGCCUCCAUCCCACCUUUCUCAGCCUUUGGCCACGCAUGCCCCAACGCCUGGGACGGAUUCCAGGGGAAAUGCUAUUAUUUUUCCGAGGAGGAGAAUGAUUGGAACAGCAGCAGGGAGCACUGCAAUGCCCACGGAGCUUCCCUGGCCACCAUAGGCAGUGAAGAUGAGAUGGAUUUCAUGAUGCGCUUCCAGGGCCCGGCAAACUGUUGGAUCGGGCUGCACAGGGAAGAAGAGGACGCCCAGUGGACAUGGAGUGAUGGCACAGCCUUCACCAACUGGUUUGAGCUGCAAGGUGGAGGCCGAUGUGCGUACCUGAACGGGGACAGGAUCAGCUCAUCCCUGUGCCACCUACACAAGCACUGGGUCUGCAGCAGAGCUGACCACUACGUCCUCUGGAAGCAAAAGGUGCACCCACAAUGACACACCCCGUCUCCGCACCGCACACUGAAAGACCACAGAAAUGCAGAACUGGAUGAGGUGCUACGAGAUAAGGCUGAGGAGCUCAGCGGUGGUGAUGGUGAUAGGAGGAUGGUUAGAGGGGAUGAUCCUGUAGGUCCUUUCCAACCUUGUGCUUUAUGAUUCUAUCAUCAUUCAGAGCCACUCUCUGUGUCCGGGCCGUAAUGUUUCAGGCACUCUCUGUCCUCAUUUUCCUCUCACAGACAAGUUCCGUUUGCACAUCUGGGCUGGAGAUGAUUGCCUUUCAGCAGCUGCUGAACAGUGCUGCACAGAGAUGAGGGAGUUUCAGU